AUGGGAAACCAAACAUCAGUGAUAGAGUUCAUCCUUCUUGGACUGACAAAGGACCCCGAAUUGAAGAUUGUGCUAUUUAUCUUCCUGCUUCUCACUUAUUUGUUAAGCAUUUCAGGCAACUUGACUAUCAUCACCCUCACUUUGCUUGAUUCUCAUCUCAAGACUCCUGUGUAUUUCUUUCUUCGAAAUUUUUCCUUCUUAGAAAUUUCCUAUACAACAGUUUGCAUUCCAAAACUGCUUGUUAGCAUGGCAACGGGUGACAAAACCAUCACCUAUAACUGUUGUGCAGCUCAGUUGUUUUUUGCCUUCCUUCUUGGUGCAUCUGAAUUUUAUCUCCUGGCUGCCAUGUCCUAUGAUCGUUAUGUUGCCAUCUGUAAGCCCUUGCAUUAUACAACCAUCAUGAGCAACAAAAUCUGUAUCCAGCUAGUCCUUAGCUCUUGGAUGGCUGGUUUCCUCAUCAUUUUUCCAGGACUCAUUUUAGGCUUAACCUUGGAUUUCUGUAACUCCAAUGUCAUUGAUCAUUUCUACUGUGACUCUGCUCCUCUCCUGCAAAUCUCCUGCACAGAUACACAUUUGUUUGAGAUGCUGAGUUUCAUCCUAGCCCUGAUGACUCUACUGAUCACUUUGGUGUUAGUGAUUCUAUCAUACACAUAUAUUGCCCUGACGAUUUUAAAAAUUCCUUCCGCCAAACAGAGAAAAAAGGCUUUUUCCACUUGUUCUUCUCACAUGAUUGUCGUCUCCCUCUCAUACGGCAGCUGCAUCUUUAUGUACGUGAAACCUUCCCAAAGUGUGUCUUUAAAUAAAGGGAUAGCUCUGCUCAGUACUUCUGUUACCCCCAUGUUAAAUCCUUUUAUUUAUACACCGAGAAACAGACAAGUGAAAUAUGCUUUUAAGCUCAUGAUCAAAAAGAUUGAGGUUUUCUCAAUGAAGUGA